CGGAACGUUUCAAAGUCUAUUUCUAGUGAAUUAGUUUGUAAAAAAAACUUUACGGAGCACAGAAAAACUUCCUUAAAUCAUCAACAGCUUGUUAAAAGAGUCACCAUUCACAAUGUGUUAGUGUUAGUUAGGAAACAAACUUUGAUUAGUCUCUCCCCACGUCAUCAAAUCCGAAACAUCCGAAAUGUUUAUGUUAAAGAAUUUCUUCUGUUUAUUGAAGCUAGAAACUGGAGGUCUGAUAAUUGGUACGAUCCACUUACUCAUCUAUACUGCUUUCUUCGUAUUUUGUGCUACAUAUCUAACCAUCUACGAUUGCAGCGAUUUCGAAAGAUUUCUGACGCUUCCCGAAAAUAGAAUCUGUCAAUUUAACCGAGAUUUCGUUGUAUUAACUUGGCUGGUUUUGCUUACUGCGAUUGUACUUGCCUAUUUCUGUUACCGUAAUUGCAUCAAAGGGAUCAGAGAGAAAGAUUUCAUGCUUCUCGGACCGUUUGUUUCCUACCUAGCAGUUAUAACGAUUCUUUCAUUGUGCCAUCUUUACAAUUUUACUAUUGGAGGUGUUCUGAUAGCAUUGAUUCAAUGCAGCAUAACCGGAUACAUGUACAUCGUCGUUAAUUCGCACUAUGUUCAGUUGAGAGAUGGACCUGCAAGUAAACUUGUUGGUAUGGACGACGAUGUGUAAGCAACACAUGGUCCAAUAGCAAUAUUUAGGUGUAAGCCAUAACUGUUCGUAAUGUAAAGAUAGAAAAUAUAGUUUUGA